AAAGGUGUUGCGAUAGUAUAAUACAGUGUCGUCUAGAUAGGUUACCAAGGGGUGCAAUUGCAUAUGCUCUCGUCGGUGGUGGGUUAGUGGGUAUAUAAUUGGACAACUUGGAUACCAAACAUUAUGGAGUAUGUUGCAUUUGCUCGCAAAUUAACUCUGUGCGCCAAUGGUAAAAUAGCAUACAUAUGAAAACCGUAUUCUUUCCCAAUAGUUCCUGAACAGUGUACAGUGUACACUAUCAUGAAAACAGUUAUCGCAUUUUACUAUCACCGAGAAUACAAGCACGAAUGCGUUGAUAUCGUCCGUCGGACCAAUGCGUUUUCGCGGUUUGAUAGCAAAUUUAAGAUCUAUUGUCUAUCUUUAAUUAUCAUCGAUCCACAAGUUCAAUUUUGAAUUCGAAUUUCUCUCAUAGUCGCUGCUUUUCAGACUACACUUGUUUUUAUUAUUAUUUCGUUUAUCACUGAAAUGGUCAAUAUUAUUGAAGAUCAGCUUGAAAUCAAGCAACAAAUUGUAACAUAUAAAUUUCUGACUAGAAAAUUGAAUAUUCAUCCAAAUGAAGCCAAAAAAAUGCUACAAGAUUAUGUGGAUUCACUUGUAGAUGAUACCAAAUAUUCUAUUACUUUCAUUAUUGGUGGUGUACUCAAAGAAAAUGACGAGUUUUGCAUGAUUAUAGCUUAUGAUGAUCAUCUUGAAACAAUACGCCGCCGUUUCAAACUUAUUAAUUUUGAACAUAUUUAUAGUAUUCAACCAGUUAAAAGAUUUGAUGAUAUCAACAAUGCUCUUUAUUUAAUAGACAGCUCAAUAGACAAUUAUGUUACUUUGCCUUCAAGUAUUAAAAAGAAAGAAAAACAAAUUAUAUCUAUUCCUGAACAAAAUAAUGAAAUUGAAAAGGAAAUUGAUUUAUCUUCAGCUGCUGAAAUAAAUUUGACAGCUACUAAAGUUCCAAAUCACAGCAAUGAAACAGAAGUUGAUACUAUAUUGGACAAAACACAGAAAAAAAAAACUGGAAUGGACUUAUUUGUUAAUAAAAGCAAGAAUGCUAAAAUAAAAGAAAAAGAAAAAAAAGUUUCAUCAAAAAAUACUCAUUCACUUUUCUCCAAUAAUUUUCAAAAAUCAAAUAAUUCAGAUAAUAUAAAAACUAUUUCUGAUAAUGAAAUUUUAACUGAAAAUCUUCCAAAAAAUAAUAUUAAAAUAGACGAUGAGCCUUCAAAGAAAAAUAUAAAUGAACACGAAACAAAAAUUAAAAAAAAAGUAAAUAAAAAGGAUAGUGGAAAGAAGAAAAAAAGUAGUCAAAAUAUCAAAAGAAAGCGUAUUCAAACAUUUGACAGUUCAGAUGAAGAAAUAGAUAGUGAAGAAGAAGAUAAGAAAAAGUCUGAAAAUGUUUUAGAAGUUGAGGAUGAAAUUGAUUUGGUUCAACCUACUCCACCACGCUCUACAGUAAGAGAAAAUCGAAAAAAAGAAAAACAAAUAACCACUUCUACAUUUGUCGAUGAUGAAGGUUUUAUAUGCACUACAAAAGAAGUUAAUAUAGUUGAAACUGUAUGUGAACCUUCUUCAAAAACUGAUGUAAUUGUUGAAGAUGCAAAAUUAAAAGAGUUUAACAGUGAACCGAGUAAGAAAAAAAUGAAACUCGAUGAAUCAGGACAUAUUGAUAAGAAAAAAAAUAAAACCAAACAACCCAAAUUAAGUUCCAAUCAGGGCAUGAAACAAUCAUCUUUAAAUAGUUUUUUUUUUAAACAAAAUAAAUAAUGUAUUCACAUUUAAAACAUUACAUAAAUUUAAACAUGUAAA